UGCAAUGGCAGCUUUCGCCGACAUGUUUAGGACAAACCUUUAGCCGAAUCCGCAGCCGGAGGGAAGUAUAUAGAGCAUGAAGAUGCGGGGUUCAUAGCCUCGAAGAAUCAUUUACUAACUCCAGUUUCUACUCCUGAAUCCUGGUCACUACGAUUUAAAUGUCCGAAAAGCCCACCUACCGCAUCGCUUCCAUCCCCGGUGACGGGAUCGGCGAGGAAGUGGUGAAAGCCACCAUCGAAGUCGUCAACAAGCUCGCCCAGAAGCUCGACACCUUCUCCAUCGAGUUCACUCAUCUCCCAUGGGGAACCGACUACUACAAACAGCAUGGUCGGUACAUGCCGGAAGGGUAUUUGGAGACGCUGCGGGAACAUGAUGCAGGCUUGUUUGGCUCUGUGGGACAUCCAGAUGUUCCCGACCAUGUCUCUCUCUGGGGCCUGCUAUUGGCCCUCCGCAGUCCAUUGCAACUAUACGCCAAUGUCCGUCCGGUGCGCACCUUUCCCGGCACCAAAUCCCCUCUCAACACGGCAGUGGAUGGCAUCGAUUGGGUCCUGGUACGCGAGAAUUCCGAAGGUGAAUACUGCGGUCAGGGUGGACGUAGUCAUGUCGGCCAGCCAUGGGAAGCCGCGACAGAAGUGGCCAUGUUCACCCGAGUGGGCAUCGAACGGAUCAUGCGCUUUGCCUUUGAGACAGCCCGCUCUAGACCACGACGCCACCUUACCGUGGUUACGAAGAGUAAUGCCAUGCGGCAUGGCAUGGUUCUGUGGGACGAGGUCGCCGCAGAGGUUGCCAAGGACUUUCCAGAUGUCACCUGGGACAAGAUGUUGGUCGACGCUAUCACCAUCCGCAUGGUCAUGAAGCCGCAGUCACUGGACACCAUCGUGGGAACCAACUUGCAUAUGGAUAUCCUAUCCGAUCUGGCAGCUGGUCUAGCCGGUUCGAUUGGUGUGGCACCAUCCAGCAACCUCGAUCCCACCCGGAAGAACCCUUCACUGUUCGAACCAGUGCACGGGAGUGCUUUUGAUAUCAUGGGCAAGGGCGUGGCCAAUCCGGUGGCUACCUUCUGGUCGGCUGCGGAGAUGCUGACAUGGUUGGGCGAGGGUGAUGCGGCGAAGAAGUUGAUGGACUGUGUCGAGAAGGUGUGCGCCGCUGGGAUUGUCACCCCGGAUCUCGGAGGGACAUCCAAUACGCAGGGAGUGGUCGAUGCAGCAUGCCAAACAUGCAAUCCACCGCGACUUCUUUUCAUCUCCGAACCUCAUCCUCGACGGAGACACCAUGACCCGGCCAGCAUGGAGUCUGCGGACCUCACCAAUGGCGAGAUCGGUUCCUUGACCGCACAUUCAAAUGAUGAGAGCCAGUUUGUCGGCAGCUCCAGCGGAGUCUACUUCAUCAAAACCGUCCGACGGGCUUUCUCCGAAAGUCUAGACCCGAGCGGCGCCUCGCCUGCCCAAGACUUUCCUCACCCGGAGGAUACCCUCGUGGGCAGCGAAGACUCGCAUCGGCGUUCGGUCUCUCGGUCCGUGAACACAUCCCCUGCGGCCCUGCAAAAUGACCAGUCUCCGUGCCAAUGGGCGUAUGACCCCGCGGUGGCUGCGGUCCUGGGGAAUGCUCCCCCGCUGGAUACAGCCCGCGAAUUGAUGAUGAUGUACUUCAAAGUCUGGCAUCCGUUGUUCCCUUUCCUACAUGGUCCGACCUUCCUGCAGGCCAUGGAGGUGCUCUAUUCCGCAGAUCGUCCAGACUCGGCCCAUUCUCCAUCGCCAGACCACCGAAAUGCCUCCUGGACCACGAUCUUCCAGUGCGUGUUAAAUCUGGCUAGUCUGGUGCACCCAGACCUUCGUCUUCCGGUAGGGUCUCGGAUUGAGUCUCCCAGCAACAUGCAUACUCUUCUGGGAACUCUGACGAGUAGAAAUGAUCUUCUGUCCCUCCAGGCACUGCUGGCCUGCCAACUAUACCUGGUUGCGAGGAUGUCCCUCCGGACGGCCUCCACAGUAGGUGGCUGCAUGCUCCGGUCCAUGCUGCAUGCGGGCCUUCAUCGCUGUCCGUUCCGGUACCGGGAGCUUACCUCCCAUGACCGACAGCUGCGCAAGAGGAUCUUCUGGUGCGCGUAUGCCCUGGAUCGAUACUUAAGCCAGGCCCUCGGUUUGCCCUUAGGUGUCCAAGACUCCGACAUCGAUGUCUGUCCCCCCGGUGCCCCAGAGACCCAUAUCCCAGGGAUGUACAACUGGGCCCAGAAUUUCCGACCUACCUUGUUCCCUGAGCAAAGAGAGCCCUAUUCCCACUCUUCGAACAACCAGUCUCUCGGAACCCCCUCGCAACGUCCCUCGCCCGCUGAAGAAACCCAGCAAAAUCGCCGGGAACUCGCCUUUGCAAGCUACGUCGAGUCGGGCACCCUGACAGGCCGAGCUCUCGAGCUCUUUCACAAAUCCAUCUUCGUGCGCUCCGUCCGGCGCAGCGCCGUGCUCUUCCUAAUCACCGACGUCCACAAAUGGUGGAACAAUCUCUCCAUCGAGACGCUCCAAGGCCAACCAGCCGCAACCGCAGCCUCAUCCUCCCAAACAGCAACAACAACAACCCCCAGCGCAUUCAACUUCGCUCCCUUUUUCACUGUCCUCUACCAACACCUCAUCCUCCUCAUCAACCGCCCCUCCCUCUCCCUCAACCCAUCCACGCCCGAAUUCUGCUCCGGACUCCAAACCUGCAUCAACGCCGCAAGGGAGAUCCUCUCCGCCCUCACCACGCAACAAGAAAGCGGCCAAUCCUUCUUCUGGCCUGGCUUCCUCUCUGCGGCCUGGAUGUCCGGUCUCGUCCUUGCAUUUGCCUGCCAACUUCGCCAAUACGUUCUAUCCAAGGGAAUCCAAGAAAUAACCAAAUGUCUCUCCAUCCUCCACACCAUGUCCACGCAAUGGGAAACCGCCAAACACUGCUACCGAGCCCUCUCCCUUCUCUCUCGCAACAUGCACGAAUCCAACUCCAGUGAACCAACCCCCCAUAAACGACGAAAAGUAGAUCAUCCCUCCUCCUCUUCCUCCUCUUCUCGUCUGCGGGACGCACAUGAUCCCGCCGUCACUACUGAUCAAUUACCCCUUACUCACAAUGGUCCUAACGGUCCGAGAGAGGAUGGGGAAGGAGAGGGAGAAGAGCAUGCUAGAACGAGGCGAGAGUAUGGUGUAAAUCACACCAAUAUUUACAGUGAAAAUAUUACGUCAGGACAGAUCCCCGAUUUGAAUGAUGCGGAGUUUGACUUUAAUAUUGUGGAUUUGCUGCAGGGGAGUAACUUUGAUGAUUUGACGGAUAUGUUUGGGCAGCAGUAUCCAACCUUUUGAUGGGGAUGAAUCUCAUGUACAAUCAGGGAUGUCACAAGAUACAUACGGAGUAAUAAU